GAAUUGGACUUCAUAACGAAACAGAGAAGACCCCCUGUGCCUCAGGGUUUAGGGUUUUACGUUCUGGUGAUCGGCUCCGCAAAUCAAUCCCCCAGAAGCCUCUUGCCGCCAUUGCAAUCCCUUCUCCGAGCAACCGCCAAGCUGCAACGAUUAGUCAAUAGCAUCAGAUGGAAGAUAAAGCAGAUAGUGAAUUUGAGAGGGAAGAACUUCCAAAGUUUGUAGCUAAAGUGUCACAUGAAGCUAAACUCAAAGAACUAUUGCGGAAUUUAACUUCUAUUGAAAUUAAGUUAUGUUCGGAUGCUUCAAAGGAGUUUAAGAAGUUACUUAGAGGUGAUGAUGGGGGCGAAUUGCUCCGUGAAUAUGUAAAAACUUCGAGUAAGUGCUCGGAGCUUCUACAAGCUUGGAAGAUUCGACAAGGGAAACCUGGGUUGUCGUAUGUAUUCUCAUUAAUUUCAGCAAUUUUGAGUCAUCCUUGUGGGUUGUAUAAAGCAAAUGAUACGGUGGGUUUUGCUAUUAGUAGGGCUCUUGAUAAGUUUGCUAAGUUGAUCAUUGAUGAAAAGUUGGGUGAUGUUUACAAGGAAUUGAAUAGUAAAGAAGCGAAGCGUCAGAAUGCUGCGCUCUUGUUGUUGGGUUCUAUUGUUAGACGUGGUUCGGGUUUGGCUUCUGAUGUUGCUAAUAACUUUGAUUUCAAACUCCCGAUAUUCACUAAGCUUGCAGAGUCUAAAAAUAAGAAAUUUGAGAUGAAAAGGAAGCAUUUCACAAGACAAUCAUUUGUUGGGUUUGCAAUGUCAUUUCUGGAAGUGGGGAAGUCAACGAUGUUGAGAUGGGUCUUACAGCAGAAGGAAAUGUAUUAUGCUAUCUUUCGUGGGCUUGGGAAUGAUGAAGAUGACACUGUUGUUUAUGUUCUGUCCACUUUGCGUGAUAAGGUUCUCAUUCCAGGGUCAUUGGUAACUCCAAGUCUUCGCAGUGUUCUCUUUGGGAGCGUUACUCUUGAACAGAUAGCCAGCAUUUCUGGGAGGGAGGACGGUGGGGUUGCUGCAGAGCUAGCACACAGUGUUCUAGUCAUUGUUUGUACUGACCCUUCUAAUGGACUGAUGCCAGAUUUGAAGAGACGCCCUUAUCCGCUAAGAGGGAAUCUGAAGCGACUCUUGGAUCUUAUGAAGAAGCUAAAAGCAACAGAGACUGACUACCACAGAGACCUGCUUUUGGAAAUCGUUAAGGGGAGGCCAUUGUUUGGUUCAGCAUACUUGGAUGAGUUCCCUUACAAUCUUGAAGAUCAUGCAUCACCGACCUGGUUUGCUGCUAUUUCUCUGGCGGCGAACUUGAUUUCCUCAGUGAGCAGUGGCUUGCCUUUUGAUUUCCUUAAUUCUCAGCGUGAUGACCCACCAUCCUUGAACAAUCCAGAUGUGCAGUGUGUUAUAAAAUGCAUAGGUCCUCGUCCAUUCACCCGAUUGGUAGUAAAUAAAGGGCUACUUCACACGGAUUCUCUUGUGAAACAUGGAACUUUAAGGCUUGUCUUGGAGGCACUGAAGCUGUUAGACUCUUUCAUCAGCACUAUAGAAAGUAAUUCAUGUUCCAGCAACCAAAUGAUACGUAGGUGGGUGUCUCUCAAACAAGAUAUUCAGAAUGAAGUCCGGAUUUUGCUCCCUGAUCCCCAAGUUCUAUUGUCUUUACUUUCGUCUCUGAGUACCCACUACAAGAGUCUCGAGUCAUGCUUGAAGAGAACAGCAGAUUCAGAAAUAACGCCUGAACAAGGUGUUAAAGUUGUGAAGAAAUUGAAAACUGGUACUGCUGAUGAAGACAUGGAUAUUCUUGUAAGUGGGGUUUGUUCUUCGCCUGACAUUGCCUUGCCCGGGGACAUUGAGAUGGUACAGGGUAUACUUGAUGUGGAUGAAUUGAACAAUGGGGAUGAUUAUGUGAAGGUUAUUGGAGAUAUUUGGGGUUUGCACCAGUGUUCCAUGCGUGGUAUGGCUGUAAAGGAAGAAGAAACAGUCUUUUACUCUAAGUUGCUUGACACCCUCAAAUUUUAUCAUCGGACAAUGCCUGCAGUGCUAGAAGGAUCAUUUGAUUUCUUCAAAAUUCUUCCCAGCAAUCCUUUGGCAUUACCAGCUAUACUUCAGCAGUCUCUAUUUUCGCUGCUCAUAGAAUAUAUUGGGUGUUCUGCUGAGUGCAAGGUUCCUGUUAGGACUCCACCAUUGAUGUACAAGCAUCUGCAACAAUUCAUUAACUUGCUGAUUUAUUCACCAAUUAGAGGCAUAAAGGAUCAAGCACAUAUUCUAGCACAGGCAGCCAUGUUAAGUACUGGUGCAUUUGACAAAAACCCAAGGGAAAUUGGUGUCUGGCUCUUAUUUCUGCCUGGCACUAGUAUGGACAACUUUUUUAUCGGAGACCAAGGAAUUGACGUGUUCCAAAACUUGUUUUCAGCUGUUGUUUGUUUUUUAUGCGAUGCUGUUUCCACAACCGGAAAUAACUUAUUCAAAUAUUGGGAUCUUUUAAGGCGUCAUACGUACCAUUUGAAAGGUUUUGAAGAUGCAUCUCCCGAUUUCAGCCCUCUUGUCAUUUGUGUCCUAGAGAAGUGUCUAAGAGUGCUCACUUCUGAAUCUGGAACUUUCACCUUACCUGAGAAAUCAAUGAUAUCAUUAUAUGUUGCUAGCACCAUAAAAUAUCUCUUGCAAACGCAGGUAGAAGCUGGAUUGCUGUCUUCGCUGAUUGAUCUAUUAUUAUCCAAGGAGGUUGUGGAUCGUUUCUCUUUCGUUGAUAAUGCUCAGGAUUUGUGCGAGUGGAGGCCGUUGAUGAACUUCUUGUUCUUUUCACGGAGCAUUGAAAAUCGGCAAACUUGUAGCAUUUCUUCCAUCGAAAGGAAAGUGGUACAUGCUGACAGUUCUUUUGUCAAUAUAUUAGGUGACAUUAAAAGAGUUGUGAGGAGUGGGAGUGACAGUGGAUUGGUUGGAAUAACUAAAGCAUUUAUGCUUUCAAUGAUAUCAACACCACCUGAUUUGAUUAUACAAAAUUUCCCGUCAGUCAUAUCUAUUUCACAGAAUCUAUUUGGAGUUCCUCUCUCACUCUUGAUUUCUAUAUUUUUUCUUGAACCAAAUCUUCUUCGUGAUGUUUCUAAGUUGUGCCCUGAAAUGUUCUUUACUGGUUUGGAAAGGGUUGUAGCUAUGAUUCAUGAUGAAGUAAGAAAUGAAGAAAUAAUUGGUGACAAAGAUAUUGAUUCAAUGAGAUCUGCUUCUGUUGCAUUUUGUUUCUUUUUGAAACAGGCACCAUUUCAUGUGCUAUUUCCGGCCACUAUAAGCAUUGAUGGCCCAUAUUUAUUAGAGGGUUCAAAACUACAAGACUUGAUUCUGGCUAAACUCUCUGAAUGUGUAACUGAUAACUUCAUUUCCUCUGUCCUUCUUGUGCUAUUUUGGUUCCAUCAGAUACAGUUAUCGUAUAGAAUUAAGCCACUGGUUCUAUUGGAACAGCUUUCCGAAACAUGCUGUUUUCUCAUUGAGCAGAUAUUGGCACCUGAUUCUGGUCUAGCGAUUUUUCAGGCUCCUUUGUCGACUCAAUGUAUUCUUGAAGUGGCUGAAGUUAUUCUUUGUCAUCCUGUAGUGAUGUUGUCUGUAGAAUGCCCUUUGGUGAUUAACGAGGAAUUUACAGAAGGAAUCUUUGGGGGGAGUUUGGAGAAGUUUCUUGGUUUGGCCAGGCAGGGAAUUCACAAAAUGGAUUAUCAUGUCUUGAGUUUGUUGACAGCAAUUUCUGAACAUGUACUUACUUUUUGCAAUGGUCAGAGGUCUCUUGUUGAAGUUGACUAUGCAAAUAAACGUUUUGUAAAGGCUUUCACAGCACUGGUAAAGAAGCUAAUUCUGAAAUUCAAAGACCGGUUUGAUCAGUGCAUAAAAACUGAAGAUUUGAAGCCCCUUACCCCUACAUUGUACACUCUACACACUUUGAUUCGCUUCAUAUCCCCUCUUGAGCUGCUUGAACUAGUGCUUUGGAUGUUUUCUAGGAUUGACCAUAGUGAAUAUGCACUUCAGGUAUCAUCUAAAAGUUCUGCUCUCUCAGUUGGAUUAUGGAUUGCUGAUUGUGCUUUUGAUAUGCUAUCAGCUUAUUUGCAGCAGCCAUAUACUAAAGGAAUAUCAUACAAUAUGUUUUGGGGAAUGGAGGAAAAGAAUUUUGAUGUUCUUCUGUUUGAGAAUAUUUAUUUUGAAGUUAUUGAAAUUGCCAUGUGUUUUGAGCUAGAUGCUGCAGAUCUAUGUUUGUUGAAAGCUGUUAAUGUUGCAAACAUACAUAAAGUAAUGCAAAACCAGCACAUUCCUCUAAGUAUGGAUAUAUCGAGGGUGAUAGUAAACACUCCGAUAAAAGUACUUUCUUGCUGCAUCCACAAUACUAACAUGACUAGAGCUAACAUAUUGUUUCAUCUCACUGAAGUGAGCCCCUUCCAUCUUUUAGUCUUUGGAAACUUGUUUUCAGAUAUGAUGAAUAAAUAUUUGCUUCGCAAGGGCAAUGUGAUUAAAGGAACAUCUAACAAUACUCUUUCAGAUGAUGACUUUGUGAUGCUUCUGCCUACUGCCUGGUUGUACUUACAGUCAUCUUCCAUGAAAUAUGCGGAGCAGUUUCAGAUAUGUGUUGGAAAUAUAUCUUCUUUCUAUAGCAAGAUUCUCUUGAGCAGUUUCUCAGACUGGAAGAGCUAUGUUUCUGGGGACAUAUUUAAGCUAGAAUGUACUGAGUUCUUGUCUCCAUCUAUGGAGGAACUUCUUAAUCUUGUCUCUGACAGUCUCUUGGGAAAAGCAAUUCUUAUGCUUCGGUACUACUUUUCCUUGAACAGAGAUGCUGUGAAAUUGAAAAAGCGGUUGAAGUUAUUUGAUUCUGUUUGUCCACAUUCUGGUGCACAUGACACUAUCCUAGAUUGUGAUGUCAGUGAGAUUGAUGCUUAUUCACUUAACCAGUCUUUAAACCUUGUAAAUAGAGUUGUUGCAAAGAUAUACUUUUGUAGGAUGCUUUUAUUUCCAAAGGAUAAUCAGAUUCAGUCUCUGCCGGGGGAAGAUGGGAAUAUGAAGGAGAUUCAUUCAGAAGUGAGAUCUAAUAAAGAGGACUUGUCAAGAAUUCGGUUUAUGAACAUAUUGGUGUGGACUUGGCAGUUGAUUGUCAAGAAAUUCCCCUCAAAGUCUGAGAACUCUGGAAAAGUCAUUGGCACAAACUAUUUCUUGUUCAUGUUUUUGGAGGCCUUCAUUCUAAGAAAUAUUCUGGAGUUAACUAGAGAGAUGCAUAAUUAUCUUAUCAAAUUGAAUUCUCUUCCAUUCAUAGAACAAUUGGCGAGAUUGUCUCUUCUUCAUAGGUUUGAGGACCCUGCAACACUGAAGAUGCUACGAAGUGUUCUUACUUUGCUACCUGAUGGGAACUUAAACAGUUUAGUGCUUCAGCUGCUGCUUGCUCACUCUCAGUUUGCACCUACCAUACAUUAUGUUUCCAAAUCAUCUGGUGGUUCUCAGUUUGGUGUGAUCUUUAAGCCUAUGUCCAGCAUUCUGAGAUUACUUCUUGUUCCAUCUACUGAUCAAAGUGCACUUAAUGUGGAAAUGAGUCCACAAAAUACGUCUGAACUGAACAUGAAACGGCUGGAAGUUGUUAAGUUACUUAGGGCACUGUUUCAUUUCACGUCUCAGCAGCGUGGUUUUGAUUUCAAAAAAGACAUCAGUGUGAAUUCUAGAGAAUUGGUUUUCUUGCUCCUGUCUUCUUAUGGUGCAACACUCAGUGAAGUUGACUUGGAAAUAUACGAUCUCAUGUUUGAAAUUGAGUCUGCUAAUGAAUCAAAUUCUGGAAGCAUUGCUGAGAUGGAUUACCUUUGGGGAGCUGCUGCUAUAAAAGUAAGAAAAGAACGAGAACAGGAGCAGGAUCUGUCAUCUGUUAAUAUGAAUGAUGUUGAAGAAUGCCGAAGAAGUCAAUUUAGGGAAAACCUCCCUGUUGACCCCAAAGUGUGUGCAACUACUGUGCUACAUUUUCCUUACGAUAGAACUGUGAGUGAGGGAACUUUAUUCUUGUCCAAGUAUCGGCAUGAUAAUUCUGAGACACCUUAUGCAAAUGUUGAGAAAAUAUGCAUAUAUGAUCCUGUUUUCAUCUUGCGCUUCUCAAUUCAUAGUCUGUCAAUGGGUUACAUUGAGCCUAUGGAGUUUGCUAGUUUAGGGUUGCUCGCAAUUGCAUUCGUUAGCAUAUCUUCACCACAUGAUGAGAUGAGGAAAUUGGGUUAUGAGGCUCUUGGAAGAUUCAAGACUGCAUUAGAGAGGUGUCAAAAGAGGGAGGGUUUAGUGCGACUUCGGCUUUUGUUGACUUAUUUGCAAAAUGGUAUAGAAGAUCCUUGGCAGAGGAUUCCUUGUAUCAUUGCUAUGUUUGUUGCAGAGGCUUCUUUCAUAUUACUGAACUCUUCACAUGAUCAUUAUUUAACCAUAAGUAACUUUUUGGUGCGCUCUCCGAGGGUGAAUGUGAAGUGUAUACCAUUAUUUGAAACUUUUUUUUGGAGCAGCACUGUGAAGUUUAGGACACUCAGACUCUGGAUACUUCGUCUCUUGUAUGCUGGGCUAAAUUCAGAUGAUGAUGCUCAAAUAUAUAUCAGGAACAACAUCCUUGAGAUUCUACUGGCUUUUUAUGCCUCUCCGCUUUCGGAUUCUGAGUCAAAGGAAUUGAUCCUUCAGGUGGUAAAGAAAUCUGUUAAACUUCAUAAGAUGGCUCGCUAUUUAGUUGAAUACUGUGGUAUGAUUUCAUGGUUAUCAUCUAUUAUUUCAGUCUUCUGCAGGAAGCAAUACCAAGGGCCAGGAAAUUUUCCAUCUACUUUUUUAAUCACAGUACUGGAGGUAGUCAAUGACGUUCUUUCAUCCCGAAACACAAUUGAUUGGUUGCAAAAGUUCGCCCUUGAACAGCUCUCAGAAAUUUCAACUCAUUUAUACCAACUCUUAGUUGGUACCAAUCUGAUAAAAGAAAAGGUUUCUUUUGUUACUUCAAUUCUACAGAUAUUGACAUCAACUUUGAAGAUAUCACAAAAGAGGAAAGUUUAUCAGCCACAUUUUACCCUGUCUAUUGAGGGUUUGUUUCGGAUAUAUGAAGUCAUUAAUGUCUGCAGUAAUGGCAAUUAUAGUCCUAGUGCUGAAUUAGGACUGAAAGCUGUACUUAUGAGCACUCCUUCUGUCGCCUUAGUAUGCAUGGAUCAGGAAAAGCUUUUGAAGUUUACAAGGUGGGCUACUUCGACUGCUUUGCUGUUAAACUCAAAAUUGCUUCAGCCCAGAGAAACUUAUUGCCAUUCCACAAUUUUCUUAGAGGAACAGCAAUCUGAAGAUUCUUUAAUAUCAACACUUUUGCGUUGGCUGACUGCUUCUGUGAUCGUUGGAAGGCUUUCUUGGAGAUCUAAUGACUUGGACUCAAAUUUGGUUCUUGAAAGAUCAGGCCUAGAAACACUGCAAUCUUUAUUGGAACACAGUAAGAAAGGAUGUGGAGAAAAUCAGACUGGCUUUGGCUGUGAAGAAAUGCUAGCUGCUAGUAUUUUUUACCUCCAACAGCUUCUUGGCAUGGACUGCAGAUUGCUUCCUUCUGUUGUCUCAGCUCUCUGUCUGCUGCUUUUUUCUGAUGUCUCCUAUUUAGCAGAAAUGGACUGCUUACUUGAUAAUGGGAAUAAUUUGGCAUCACUUUGCUCCAGAAUUCAUUGCCCUGUUGAAGCUAAUCCUUCAUGGAGAUGGACAUUUUAUCAGCCGUGGAUGGAUCUCUCAUCCAAAUCCACUGAUGCUGCUCAGAAGCUGGAUGAACAUCACGCUUGCCAAUCUCUUUUAGUGGUAAUUUCAAAUGUUAUUGGAAAGAAAUCAUCACAUUCACAUUUUCUGUCGCUUCAAGACAUAGAAAAUUGUGGUGUAUUUAACUGGGAAAAAAGUAUUCUGGAAAGCAAAUGAUGUCUUUGGUGGAUUCAAUUCAUUCAUUUUUAUUUCCUAUUAAAAAAAAAAGUCUUUCAUUUUUGGUAUCAAUGGUAGUAAGGUUGGUCUUAUUCCCCAA